UUAACCGUUGGUCGGAAUUAUUUUGUUGAAGGAUCGGUGAGAAAAUCCUAAUGUGCCUCCAUGCUUGUGGAGAUGUAGAUGAAAAAAUAAAAUCUAAGACAUUUAAAGACAAGAAGUCGACGUUCAGUCGCGGAAGAUAUGGCUUCACGGAGCUACGGCGCCUGUGUCCUCUGUCAGAGGGCGGUUGUUGUGAGGAUGAUGUGCAGGGGAAUGAGCAUGGCUGCACACCCGCUGUCCAAGGUAGAUAUCCUAAAACAAGAACCACACAGGAAGCACCCAGGUGUGACCAACCUGAAAACUCUGCGCCUACCUGAUGAGCUCCAUAUGGCUGCACAGUCGAUUAUUCACAGAGCUCAGGUGCCUCGGCUGACUGACCGCACUUGCAGCCUCACAAACUUCCUGUGGAGCAGAAAACGAGCCACCGAGGACUCGACUCUGAGGAAGAAGGCUCUGAGCAUGGAAAAAGAGCUUUGGGAGAAAGCAAUGGAGAAGAGAGAAGUUAUAGAUGAAGAAGCCCUGGAAGACCGCAUCAGGAAGAAAGUGCUUUCAGAGCUCAGAAGAACCACAUAUCACUGGAAGCCCAUGAAGUAUGAUGAAGAGUUAGGUGUGGUGUACAUGGCGGCUCGACUGGCUGGGGGCUAUGCAGCAGUGAGGAGAGCUAUAAACGAGAUAAAAAAGAGGGAUCCCUCUUUUGCCCCUCAGUCUCUCCUGGAUUUUGGAUCAGGCCUGGGAACAGUUGUCUGGGCGUCACACUCGUGCUGGGGCGACACUCUGAAGGAGAUGGUGUGUGUGGACAGCUCUGGGCCGAUGAACAUCCUGGCAGAGCGACUUCUCAGAGGUGAUGAUGAAAACGCUGAGCCUCACAUCAAACAUGUCUAUUUCAGACAGUUCCUCCCUGUCUCCCCGAAGGUGCAGUUUGACUUGGUGACUUCAGCCUUCACCCUAUCAGAGCUUUUCACCGCAAAGGAUCGAGAGGAGGCGGUGUUAACUCUGUGGAGAAAGACAAACUCAUACCUGGUGCUGGUUGAAAACGGGACUAAAGAGGGCCACCAGAUGCUUAUGGAGGCCAGAGACACUUUAUUGAAGAAACAAGAGAAGACUGUUCAUGACACCAGGCCACCGUCAGUGUUUGCUCCGUGUCCUCAUGAACUGACAUGUCCUAAACUGACCAGUGAGUCCAUCACACCCUGCAACUUCCAGCAGAUGUACCACCCUCUGCCUCUGCCCGGGCACAGUGAGCAGAAGAUUGAGAAGUUCAGCUAUCUGAUUGUGACUCGGACAGAGGCAGUGGAGGCAGAAACAGAAGGUGUGAACUGGGCCAGGCUGAUCGCGCCAGUGCAGCGCAGAUCAAGACACGUCCACUGUCGAAUGUGCUGCCCUGAUGGACAAUUACAACACAUGGUGGUGACAGCAAAAAAACACAGCAGAGAUGUGUACCGCUGUGCCCGGACCAGCGACUGGGGAGAUCAACUGCCAGUGAUUCAAAGAGUCGAUGACGACGUCCAGAGUGACUCAGAGUGAUUAUUCGGCCAGGAAGAGACGCAUUCUUUAGACUUUUGAAACAAUGGAGACACCCUAAAACUCAGAUAAGCCUGUUGACAAAGAACUCACUAGUUUUUCAUUCAGCAGAACUUUGUUUCCUUACUGGAGUUGUUACCGAGUCAUUUAACAACCUUUGAUAACUUCGAUAAAAUGUCACAAC